ACAUGCUGAUUGAGCUUGGAAUCGGUGGGGACCACGACCACGACCACGACCACGAACACAGCCGUAGGAGGAGGGAUGUCAUGGCAACACGUUUGAAGGGGCGGGGCAUUGAAAAGCGAGCUACAGACGGCCACGACCACGACCAAGACCACGACCACGACCACGACCACGAACACACCCGUAGGAGGAGGGAUGUCAUGGGAACACGCUCGAAUGGGCGGGGCAUAGAAAAGCGAGCUACAGACGACCACGGCCACGACCAAGACCACGACCACGACCAUGACCACGACCAGGACCAGGAACACACCCGAAGGAGGAGGGAUGUCAUGGGAACACGCUCGAAUGAGCGGGGCAUAGAAAAGCGAGCUACAGACGGCCAUGGCCACGACAAAGACCACGAACAUGACCACGACCAUGGCCAUGACCCCGACCACGGACACACCCGUAGGAGGAGGAAUGUCAUGGCAACACGCUCGAAGGGGCAGGGCAUAGGGAAGCGAGCUACAGACGGCGACGGCCACGACCAAGACCACGACCACGACCACGACCACGAACACACCCGUAGAAGGAAGGAUGUCAUGGCAACACGCACGAAGGGGCAGGGCUUAGAGAAGCGAGAUACAGACGGCCACGGCCACGACCAAGACCACGACCAAGACCACGACCACGAACACGAACACACCCGUAGGAGGAGGGAUGUCAUGGCAACACGCUCGAAGGGGCGGGGCAUAGAGAAGCGAGCUACAGACGGCCACGGCCACGACCAAGACCAAGACCACGACCACGACCACGACCACGACCACGAAAACACCCGUAAGAGGAGGGAUGUCAUGGCAACACGCUCGAAGGGGCGGGGCGUAGAGAAGCGAGCUACAGACGGCCACGGUCACGACCAAGACCACGACCACGACCACGACCACGAUCACGAACACACCCGUAGGAGGAGGGAUGUCAUGGCAACACGCUUGACUGGGCGGGGCAUAGAGAAGCGAGCUACAGACGGCCACGGCCACGACCAAGACCACGACCAUGAACACGACCAUGACCACGAACACACCCGUAGGAGGAGGGAUAUCAUGGCAACACGCUCGAAGGGGCGGGGCAUAGAGAAGCGAGCUACAGUAUUGGCUGAUGAUCACGACCACGCCAAUCAUAGCCAUUCACACGUUGCGAAUGUUACAACGACCUGCUUUUCGAGUGAAGAACUUCUCGACAUAUACGGUAUUGACCAUGAAGCUGGAAUCACCGAAGAACAGUUCAACGAACUUUCUCCGUCACUGGUGCAACAAAUCUUGAGUGGAGCAUGCGAAAUUACAACCACUGAGCCAUCGGAAAUCUCCAAAGCAAAAAUGUGGGGAUACGGCACUGUAGCAGUUUUCAUCAUCAGCCUGUCUGCGGUGCUCGGUGGGUUGUUCGUCCCGUGUAUGUCAGAGGGUGUCUAUGACAAGACCAUACAAACAAUGAUAGCUUUAGCUGUGGCUACUCUGACUGGUGAUGCUGUCUUACAUCUUUUACCACAGGCUGUGGGUCUUCACUCUCACGACAGCAGCGGUCACAGCGCUCAUACGCCUACGAGCCCGGAGAUGGCGUAUGUCUGGAAGUGUCUUGUCGUCCAGAUGGCCAUCUACGUCUUUUUCGUCUUCGAGCAGAUGACGAGUUUCACGAAGUGUGGUCACUACAACGAUACACUUUCCGCGGAUGUGGAGAUGACAGACAACGGGCACCAGGGGCGUUCCUACGGUUCCAUGAAGCGAGGAUCGUUUGCUAAUGGAAACAAUAAAGUAUCUCACUCAGAAUCGAAGAGCGAACUAACAGCUAAUGAGGCAAAGGCAUUUGAAGCUGAACUACCACCCUCAACCGAAGAUACUGAUUGCUGUGUAAGGGGUUGCAAUCCAGUAGCAAUGAUGAUCAUCUUGGGCGACUCGCUGCAUAACUUCGGUGACGGUUUAGCCAUAGGGGCGGCUUUCUCACUGAGCAUCGCUGCCGGACUCUCAACUAGUAUAGCUGUCCUCUGCCACGAGAUCCCGCACGAACUAGGUGAUCUGGCCGUCCUCAUAAAGCAGGGCAUACGACUCCGAACGGCACUCCUGAUGAAUAUGAUGUGCGCCUGUUCGGCAUUCCUCGGCUUGUGGGUCGGGAUCCCGCUCGGACAGACCGAGACCGUUCGGGAAUGGAUCUUCGCUGCUGUUGCUGGCAUGUUCCUCUACGUUGGACUCGUUGACAUGCUUCCGAUGUUACACCAAUACGACGGGAAAAGCAACAAGGUCACCGUGGCUAUUCUACAGAACAUUGGAUUCUUGGCGGGAACCGGGAUUAUUCUGUUAAUAGCGCUGUAUGAGGACGCUAUACAAUUAUCCUUAUAGAGGAACGUGAGCCAUAAGGAGGGGGGGGGGGGGUGUUAGCGUGGAGAGAUACAAAUAAGACAGAUAACAUAAUGUAUGUGACAGAGGGAGAGAGA